AUGGGGAGCGCGGGGGGCGUGUCCCCGGCUUCCAGAGAGUUCGGAGACGGGAGCGGAGCGGCGCGCGGCGAGGGCCAUGGUGAAGGAGACCGGGUACUAUGAUCUGCUGGGCGUGCGGCCCGGGGCCAGCCUGGACGAGAUCAAACGGGCGUUCCGGCGCCUGGCGCUGCGCUACCACCCGGACAAGAACCCCAGCGAGGGCGAGCGGUUUAAGCAGAUCUCUCAAGCCUACGAGGUGCUCUCGGACACCCACAAACGGGCUCUCUACGACCGCGGUGGGGAGCGGGCCAUGAAGGAAGGAGGCUUGGGCGGCCGCGGGGGCAGCGCCGGCUUCGGCUCCCCCAUGGACAUCUUCGACUUCUUCUUCGGAGGGGGGGUGCGGAUGCGCGGCCGGGGCGACCGGAGAGGGAAGACUGUGGUGCACCAGCUCUCCGUGUCCCUGGAGGACCUCUACAACGGCACCACUCGGAAGCUGUCCCUGCAGAAGAACGUCAUCUGCAGGAAGUGUGGAGGCUGUGGGGUGCGGGAGGGUGCCCAGAGGAGGUGUCCCAAGUGCCACGGCUCAGGCAUGGAGGUGCGCAUCCAUCAGCUGGGACCCAGCAUGAUCCAGCAGAUCCAGACCGUGUGUUCUCAGUGCCAGGGCCAGGGCGAGUGGAUCCGGCCUCGGGAUUGCUGCCUCUCCUGCAACGGCCGCAAGGUGGUCAGGGAGAAGAAGAUCCUCAGUGUCCACCUGGAUAAAGGCAUGAAGGACGGGCAGAAGAUCACGUUCCAUGAGGAAGGGGACCAGGUGCCAGGGCUGGAGCCCGGGGACAUCAUCAUUGUCCUGGAUCAGAAGGAGCAUCCCGUGUUCCGGCGCAGCGGGGACGACCUCAUUGUGCGCAGGGAGAUCAGCCUGGCCGAUGCGCUGUGCGGCUGCCGCCAGGUCAUCCGCACCCUGGACAACAGGAACCUGCUCCUGGCCUCCCAGCCAGGGGACGUGAUCCGGCCUGGAGACCUCAAGUGUGUCCCGAACGAGGGGAUGCCUGUUUACCGGAGCCCGUUCCAGAAGGGGAAGCUGAUCCUGCAGUUCCAGGUGAAAUUCCCGGAUCCAGGCUGGCUCCCUCCCGAGCGCCUGCGCCAGCUCCAGGCCUUCUUCCCAGCACAGGAGGAGGUGAUGGCCACAGAGGACACGGAGGAGGUGGAGCUCAGUGAUUACCGGGACCAGGGGGGGCCAGGGCGCAGGCCCUUCCCUGGGGAUCCCUUCCAUGAGGAUGAUGAGGACGGGAGCCGCCAGCACGUCCAGUGCCAGACCUCGUAGCUGGGGCUGGGGGGGGCACCGUGGG